CCAAUGUCCUAUCCUCAGGGUUACCUCUACCAGCCCCCGGGCUCUCUGGCUCUGUAUUCGUGUCCUGCUUACGGGGCCUCGGCUCUGGCUGCUCCGCGGAGCGACGACUUGGCGCGCUCGUCCUCGGGCUCAGCCUUCAGCCCGUACCCGGGCUCCGCUGCUUUCUCCGCCUCGGCUGCCGGCGCAGGCUUCUCCAGUCCACUGCCAUACUCUGCGGACCCGUCCACGGGAUUCCCGCCCUACAUGGCGUCUCCAUAUGACGCGCACGCCACGGGUAUGGCCGGCGCGCUCAGUUACCCCGCAGCCUACGGGAGUCCGGGGUACCCCUUCCAGCUCAACGACCCCGCUUACCGCAAGAACGCCACCAGGGACGCCACGGCCACCCUGAAGGCCUGGCUGCAGGAGCACCGGAAGAACCCGUACCCCACCAAGGGGGAGAAGAUCAUGCUGGCCAUCAUCACCAAGAUGACCCUGACGCAGGUCUCCACCUGGUUCGCCAACGCCAGGAGGAGGCUCAAGAAGGAGAACAAGGUGACGUGGGCGCCCAGGAGCAAGAGCGAAGACGAGGACGAGGAGGACGCGGACGGAGAGAGGAAGGAGGAGGUGGAGCGCUCCGACAAAACCCUGGAUAACAGCGAGGCUUCGGCCGAGGAUGAAGGCAUCAGCUUGCACGUGGACACCCUGACGGACCACUCGUGCUCGGCGGACUCGGACGGGGAGAAGGUCAGCUGCUCGGCGGAGCUCGGCUCGGACCAAACGGACGACAUGUGCGCGCGGGGCGGCGCGGAGCGGCGGCCGCAGCUGUCGCCCAAACCCGUCACGUCGUCGCCUCUCACCGGCGUGGAAGCUCCAGUUUUCGGCCAUCUCCACCACCACCACCACCUGCACCCCCUCCACCACCUCCACGCGCAGCGGGAGGACUCAGGGCGGAGCCUGACGCAUAGCAGCACCACGAAAACUGACUGCAGGCCUCCCCCCGGAGCCCCCCAGUCCACCCCCCCGGUCAAACCCAAACUGUGGUCUCUGGCGGAGAUUGCCACCUCGGACCUAAAGCAGCAGCAUCAGCAACAGGGGCCACCCAGCUGCCCCUCCCCCUCCUCCUCCAGCGGCAGACUCCUCACCCCCCCUUCCUCCUCGACCUCUCCAGCAGCCACGUCCCCCUCCCUUUACGCGGCUCCCCACCCCAUCCUUGGAAGACCUAUUUAUUACACGUCUCCCUUUUAUAGCAAUUACACAAACUAUGGCAGCUUCAGCCCCCUGCAGGGCCAGAGCAUCCUGAGGUACACGAACUCCUCCGGGGUGAGUCUGGCUGCGGCCGCCGCCGCCGCGGCCGCCGCCGCUGCUGCAAGCGAGGGGCUCAGCUCCUCUCACAGGGCCGCGGAGGCCGGCCCCCACCCCAAACACACGCCGGACUCCCCCCUCGGUAAAAAUAACACCAACCACGUUGCUGUCGUCGAGCAGCAGCAUUUCAGACCCGCUAAUUUAGAAGCAAAAAAAGGUACGUAG